AUGUUCAUAUUUUUAGUUGAUACACAAACAAAUGGAGUUGGUACCAUACGUAGAGUAUGUUCUUUGAUAGAUUUGUCUUCAAGUACACCAAAUAAAGAUUGCCAAUCUUAUAAUACAUUCAAUGGGAGUGGUUCGGACAAUUCAAAAACAAAUUCUAAAAGUUUUUCAAAAAAAAUAGCUGUGAGCAAUAUGCAUAGAAGUAGUUCUGUCAGCAUUUUGGAUCAAAGUGAUUCUGAGAGCGAUGCCAGUCAGUCUACCAAUAGUGGAAAGAAAAGCACWACAGCUAUACGAGCUAUGAGACCAACAAUAUCAUCACAAAAUAAAAUUAUUAUGAAUAAAUCAAAUCUUUUACGUAGAAGAAGCACAACUUCUUCACAAUCUACAACUGCUCUUAAUAUUAUUGGACAUAAUGAAGAUUCUAGCUCAGAAGAAUUUUUCAUGUCUUUACAUAAUAAUAAAGGAAAUCAAAUCAUACAUUCCAGAAUAAAUCCUAUUGUACCCAGUCGUAACAAUACUUCUUUAACCAGAAGUGUAAGUGAAAUGAAUUUAAAGAGUCCAUCAACUAAACCAUUUGAAAAGUCUAGAAAUCGUAGUAAUGAUUUGACUAUGAAAACAAAAAACAAUGGAACAAUAGGCCAACAAAAAAACUUAAAGAAUUAUUUAUCUUUGAUGGCUGAUCAAUUGUUUCAAACAACCGACAGAAUUUUGGAACAUACCAAUUGUGUCAAUGUCAGUGAUAGACGUAUAACUAAGGCAGAUGUUACGGAUGUAAUGACAAAACUUGAGCAAAUUGUUGGCAGUGGCGGUAUGUUUGCUCAUCAAAAUUCAAGAGUAGCACUCAAUAGUACUCAGCAAUAUUUAGAUAUUCUGAUUGAUUUGAUAAAAAAACGUUUAUCUCUUGAAGUCAUUUAAAUCACCAACUGUCAAUAUUUGCCACCUCAAAUACUAUUGUUUGCUAUACUUAUUUUUAAUAUAUUUAAGAAAAAAUGGCCAUCUAAUAACUAACAUUACAUUUUCACAAUAAUUUUAACAUUAAUUAGGUUGUCAGGUUUGUAAAUGCACAUUUUAGAAUAUGUAUUUUUAUACAAGAAU